UGACUAUUCGUCAUCGGGAACGAAAGAGAAGAGAAGAGAAGAGAAGGUAGGGGGAGAGUCUGUUUGGCAGAAAUUUUUGUGAAAGCAAUUCAGUAGCCAAGAAGUUUUCUGGAAAAUUUGCUUGCUAGUCGGAGAUCAAGUUACAAUCCAAAAUGACACGGGGUAACCAGCGUGAAUUGGCAAGAGAAAAGAAUCAGAAGAAACAACAAGAGAUCAACAAAAAGAAAGCGGCUAAUGACAAAAAUUCCAAUAAAGGAAUGACUUUAGAACAGAGAAAACAGAGGGAUGCAGACAUGAUGAGAAUGAAGCAGCAGAAAGCAAUGCAGAAGGAAGGAACUGUCAGCUAAAACAGAAGUGUUUCAAGUCUCGGUCAAGUCACUCAAAAUCAUGAACUUUUAGAGCGUUAAAUUUUCUACAUGCUAGAUAGUGCCAUUUCUCACUAACUUGGAAAUAAAGAGCUGUAAAAAGCUUUGUUUGCACUUUUUUUAUUGAUUUAUUUAUCUGGGAAGCUUGACUGCAGUGAUCGUGUUGGACUCGUACGCUCUUGUACAGAAAUGUUCUUUUGAUUAUCUGUGUUAUUGUCUCUAAAUAUAAUGAUUAAAUAGAAA